UUCACAUCCGGGAGUGAUGAUCGAGUGUGGGAGAUCAUCAGUUGAUGCGUGCGUCUCGGCCGAUAAGGUCCGAUUCGGCUUGCCCUCUACUCUCAUUGUCUGGCCUUGUAGUUUCCAAUGCACACUUUCCCGUUUAUCCUCAAGAUUUGGAGCACACUUGGGCCGCUGUACAGUAGCUCGUGAAUCACGGCCUCCUUUGCCGACGGUAGAACCUCGACGCCGUACAAUGGGAAAGAGGACGCCGCUCAUUUGUCGCCAAGGAGUGCAUUCCAGGGGCCGAAUCUGCACACGCACAAAGGCGUGAUGACCCUUCCUUUCGUCAUGUCUGGCCACAUGCGGCCGUCCAAGCCAAAUGCGACUCGAUGGAAUACCGCGUCUCCGAGUGCAUCUCACCUUUAAUGCCCUGCAUUGCUGGCCACGGCAUGCGACCCUCCAGGGUGCACAGCUCCCAAUCUAUCCCUCUCUCAUUCUCCGCACCCAAAAGCGGUCUAAUCUUGCGCCGGAAUAGGUCGUUAAUGGCCAUGCUGUGCCAGUUCAUCGCGGUGGUACGACUCGUAUUUGGGAUUUACGAGGUGCUCAGCAAUGUGCACCGUGAAUUGCGCUACGGUUUUGGUUAGAAUGUCGAGCUCGCCAACUCAACCUACUCAGUCCCAUCCAGUCUCCUCUUUCCCUCAGUCGAAAUGCGCUUCCAAUUCCUUACUGCACUCGUGCUAGCUGUCUUUGCUGUCAGCGCCGCAGCGCUGGCGAAGAAGAGCUACGGCGAGCGCCCUGGGAAUGGCUAUGGUCACGGCGAGAACCACGGGCACGAGCACGAGCACGGUGGCUACGGCGGCGAGCACCACAGCGGCGGCUACUAUGCGCUUGUGAAGAAAGGAUAUGGCCACGACAACGACUACGGCCACCACGAGCAGGAGCACGGCCACGGCUAUGGCCACCAAGGACAUGGAUAUGGCGGACACGGAUACAACUACGCCUAAACAAAGCGAGUCAUGGUCUGGAACCUAUUCUUCGGCCGAAGUGACACUGUAAUAACUCUUAUACUUUUCCGCUCCCGGACAAGGAAUCAGAAAACGUAAAAAACAUAAUCUGUACUACAUCCCUGCAACGAAUCGAUCAAAUGCUGUGCUAUCCAGUCUCUACGAACUUUCCACCGAGGCGAUCUUGGAAAAGACAUCCCCACAGAAGAUUGAACACUCGAGUAGAUGUGGAA